UUAAGUCUAUAAACAAUGUUGAUAUAUUAUUCUUUCUUUACACAUAUGUACAGUGUGAGUAAUAACUAAUUAAUUUCUGUAGUUAACUUAAGAGAUUGUUCAUUAACCAGAAGACAAUAGAGAUAGUCUAUAUGUAGUAGUUGAAAGUUCUGCUCAAUCUAUCUAUUUUCUCUUCUAUUUCCAAAUCAUCACUACUUCACUACAUCUCUCAUUAUUUCAUCUUAUAACUACAUUGUUUUGUUAUUUGAUGACAUUGAGAUAAAAAUAAUUCACUGAAGAAGAUCGACUUUUGAAACUGUAGCUUCAUCAAGCUGAUAUCAGCCUGUUUCAACAACUCUUAUUUGAAAGGAUGUAAAAUAUUUCUUUGGAAUUGAGAUUAUUUGCAAGAAUUCCUACAUUGUGGGGAAAUUUUGUGGAAACAUUAAGUUUAUCAGAUUUACCACAAGGUUUCAACUGACUUAUUCGUAAGGGCUUUAAUGUCUGGGUAUAUCUUGUCAACUGAAGCUAGUUUAAUGAUCUUAUAGCUGCUGAUUAUUAAUUACAAAAUUCUAUCCUUUUAAAUCCACUUUAAGUUACUUUGAACACCCAAGACAUCUUCAGUCUUUAAUAAAGAUCAUCUACGUGCUAAAUAUAGAUUAAAGUGAAGUUAUGGAUGAGAAAGCACAACCUGAAAUUACUGAUUCAUCUAUUCAAAUAAAGGGAAAUAGAAGGGAAAAAUCAUACCCUUGUGAUGUAUGUGGGGAGGUAUACACAACAAGAAGUAAUUUAAUGCAACACAAAUUAAUCCAUGCAACCUCCAAGGUGCACUACUGUGAAGUUUGUGGUAAAGGAUUCACUCGCAACAGUUUAUUGACUCGCCAUAAGCAUAUACAUACAAGAGAAAGGCCAUACCACUGUGAUAUCUGUGGUGAAAAAUUUUCUAGAAGUGCUCAUUUGUCUAGACACAGGCAUAUUCACACAGGAGAAAAACCAUAUCCCUGUGAUGUCUGUGGUAAAACAUUCUCUCAAAGUGGUACACUAUCCACUCAUAAACAUAUUCAUACAGGAGAGAAACCAUAUCAGUGUGAUAUCUGUGAUGACAGAUUUUCUACAAGGGGUCAAUUGUCUAACCACAAACGUAUCCACACUGGAGAAAGACCCUACCAAUGUGAUAUUUGUAGUAAAACAUUUUCUAGAAGUGGUCAUUUGUCUUCCCAUAAACUUAUCCACACAGGUGAAAGGCCAUACCAAUGUGAUAUCUGUGAUAAAACAUUUUCUCGAAGUGGUGAUUUGUCUUCUCACAAACAUAUUCACUCAGGAGAAAGACCAUACCACUGUGAUAUCUGUGGUACGACAUUCUCUCAAAGUGGUAGUUUAUCUCAGCACAAACGUAUUCACACUGGAGAAAAGCCCUAUCAGUGUGAUAUCUGUGAUAAAACAUUUUCAACAAAGAGUCAUUUAUCUUCCCACAUACGUACUCACACAGGAGAAAGGCCCUACCAUUGUGAUAUCUGUGGUAAAACAUUCACUCAAAGUGGUAGUUUAUCUCAGCACAAACCUAUUCACACAGGAGAGAGACCAUACAAUUGUGAUAUUUGUGGCAAAACCUUUUCUACAACUCGUAAUUUAACUCGACACAAACGUAUUCACACAGAAGAGAAAGCAUACCACUGUGAUAUUUGUGAUGAAGCAUUUUCUACAAGAGGUCGUUUAUCUUCCCACAUACGUAUUCAUACAGGAGAAAGACCAUCAUAGCACUGAGAUUUCUGUUAUAAAGCAUUGUCACGAAGUAGUUUGUUUUGACACAAAUAUAUUUUACAGAGGAGAAAGAAAGACCAUACCCUUGUGAUAUCUGCAGUGAAACAUUUUCUAGAAGUGGUAAUUUUACUCAGUGUAAAUAUACUCGCACAGAAAGUAAACCAUAGUUAUAUGUCUAUGGUAGAAUAUUUUCUAUAAAUAACAAAAUAUGUUAUAAUAAAUUGUAUUUAUUUAAUACAACACUGA